AUGUCUGUCGAAAGCAACGCGAAUAUGAAAGAAGACGGCGCGGUGGAAGUUCUGACGCUGCGACAAAGCAAUGCCGGUGUCCGCAAUUUUUUUGAUGAAUUUGAAGUUAAAUUUCCCAAACGCGAUAGUUCUGGCCAAAUAAAUCGAUCUCUACCAAUGUAUGAUUUAAUUACUUUUUUGGAAUCCGUUGUUAAUCCAGCGGCUGUAUUUGAUAACAUUCAAAGGAAUACAUUGCCUGACGAGGUAGAGAAAUCCACCACGGCAGCGGCUUCCACAAAAAUGGUCACCACCAGCGAGCAAAACGAACUCGAAUAUGCUAUUCAGGAUAUCAGAGGAGCUCGCUUUAAAUUUCCAGUUUCUUUAGAGAUAUUUAGAAGACAUAUUAACUAUGAUGAGCUCAUAAGACCAAUAUUAAUGAAAGCUGCACAAGACGAAUCAAAAGCAUCCGCGAUGUUGAAUUGCCCCAAACAAUGUGAUUGGCAGUUCUUACGCUUCUAUCGCUCUUUUUACGUGUAUCCGGACAGGCGCCAGCAAUAUAAUUAUCAUUUUAAAACAGAUAAUGCAGUGUUGAAAGAGCGCUUAUUGAGCUUAGCCGAACCCCUUAAUGAAAAAGCAUUGAAGUUAUUCAGCUCAAAUCAGAUUGUUGAACCGCAAAAAACCUUAACAGAUGCAGACCUAAAUCCCUAUUCAAUCCAAGAAGCACCACUCCCUGUAAGCUAUAAAGCUUUUAGUCGGCAUAUUCUCAAUCUGCCAGAUAUUGUGGACAAAAUGUUGUGUUCUAAAGAAUACAACGGUAUGAGCAGGGAAGAAUGUGCGCAAACGUUUUACAGAGCUUUUUAUACGGAUUCGAAAAUACGUAACAAGUACAAUAUAAAAUUGAAGCCCUGUCCUUCCAAAGUACGUGGAAAUCUCCUUGCCAUGUUUAGUAACGUGGAACAAUUAAAAUCACCUGAGGGUAUAGCGCUCAAAAGCAAAACUAAGCUAAACGUCGUGAAUUUUGUGCCAAAAAAUUACAUAACUCGUAAGCUAAAGUGCCCGCAAAAAAGUCUUGAAUUGGAACAGUAUUUUUUAAGCACCUUUGAUAAGCGGGAAGAGCUCAAAAACGCUGAAGAUCAAUUUUUUGCUGACAAUAGUGUGGAACACACAAUUCAGUACCUGCUCCAUAAUACGCACGGUCGAGCAAUGUAUAUUUGGCACAUACUCUCUAAACUGAGCAUUGAGGAGUUUAGAGCUCAUACAGGCAUAUAUAAUGCACAGGAAUUCUACGAGAAUAAUAACAUCUUAACGCUUUGCUAUAAGCACGUCAUUGAAAACGGUUGUUGGCCUUUAAAUUUGUAUGUGAAAAUGGAAACGUUCCGCCAACUCCUACAAACCAAAGGCAUAGAAAUGCCACUUUACGAAUUUGAGCACAUUUCGCCAAAAAUUCUGCAUUGGUCUGAACUGCAGCUUUAUACGAACUUUGACGAAAUAGUCGCAUCGAACUAUUCUUAUCAAACUUCCAAAGUAAUCAAAGAUUCUGUGAGUCUACUCAAUGAAAAGGAAAAGCUGUACUCUCAGUGUUGGCUCCAUAAUCAAUGGAUACACCAAGUUCCAAAAAUUACAGAGAACGUGAUGAUGGUGGCUGCUUCGCAUGUACCAGCGGCGCCACCUUUGUGUUCACCCACACUAAUGAAAAGCGACCCUUCCCUUCAUGUUGUUGAUAGCGCACCCACAGUUGAUAAGGCUGCCACUACGGCAGUACACAAUAUUCAAAAUGAAAGUCCCAGGCCAGUUGCAAAACUUAUUGCACAACUGAUUAAGCAAGAGCCAAUUAAAUGCCUGGAUAAGUUGCGCUUUGAUUUGAACAACAGUAAAGGCGAAGCUUUCAAUGGUUCGGCUGCAGAUCAGUGUGUUGCAUUGGCUAUCCAAUUACCAAAAGGACCCUUAUUCACUCGUCCAGCGUUAGCGCGAACUUCGGGAAGGAAACGAAAACUUGCGCUUGAUAAUGUACCUCAGCCAAAACAUGAGUUUCGUCCCUUGCCCUUAAACGAAAUCUGCCGCAUCGAAACCUUAAGUGAAGGCUCAAACCCAGCUCCUUCUCCGCCAAAUGAGCAGUCACAACAGCCACCAUUACAACCAACCAUUACAGUUUCACAGGUUUUGGCAACUGAUAAUUCGAUAUUCGAUUCGACGCAGAUAAGAGUUGCUUUAGGGGAACAAAUGGACCCAUCGCGAAAGAAGAACACAUAGCGGCCCUUUAACAAAUAAAAUAGCUAUUCCAC